CUUAAUUCUCUGAACUGUUUCUGUUGUUAUUGUGUUUUUGUUUGCAGUACGCUUUGGGCCAUUCAUCCCAUCGGCAUGGCUUUUCGGGCACGUUCGGUCGCCCUUCUUCGCUGGGGGUUGGGGACGAGGUCGCAGGCCCAGGUUUGGGGGGCGAGGCGUGGGUUGGCGACAGUGUCGGAGGGUACGCGGGCGUAUGAUGUGGUGAUUAUUGGAGGAGGUCAUGCAGGUUCAGAAGCCUGUGCUGCGGCUGCUCGUUCGGGCGCUCGCACCGCAUUGAUCACGCCCUCGCUCUCGAAUAUCGGCGUCUGUUCAUGCAAUCCGAGUUUUGGUGGAAUCGGAAAAGGUACCAUGAUCCGCGAAGUGGAUGCGAUGGAUGGUGUUGCGGGUAGAAUCAUCGACAAAGCCGGUAUCAUGUUUCGCACUCUCAACCGAUCGAAAGGCCCUGCCGUUUGGGGUCCGCGCGCCCAGAUCGACCGCGAUUUGUACAAGAGGUACAUGCAGGAGGAGUUGCAAGGAACGGAGGGAUUGAGUAUCCUGGAGGGCAAGGUUGCGGAUAUCGUGGUGUCGAAGGACGGUGUUGAGCACACCCCCGGGGCGCAGGGCAAGAUUGUUGGUGUCCGGCUGGAGUCGGGCGAGGUUAUACCCACGGGCAAGGUGGUCAUCACGACGGGGACGUUCUUGGGUGGAGAGAUUCAUAUCGGGCUCAAUGCAUACCCCUCUGGCCGGCUGGGUGAGGCUGCUACGUUCGGGCUCAGUAAGUCCCUUCGCGAUGCCGGGUUCCAGUUGGGUCGCUUGAAGACGGGCACGCCUCCGCGGUUGGACAGGAAGACGAUCAACUUUGCGCCUCUGGAGGUCCAGGAUGGUGAUCACCCUCCCAGCCCGUUCUCCUACCUCAACGACAGGGUUCAAGUCGACGAUGAAGGCCAGCUUACUUGCUGGAUGACCUACACCAACGACGACGUUCACGACAUUGUCCGGGCCAACCUGGACAAGACCAUUCACAUCCGCGAGACGGUCAGAGGCCCCAGAUACUGCCCUUCCCUGGAGUCCAAGAUCAUCCGCUUCACGGACAAGAAGAGACACCUGAUCUGGCUCGAGCCGGAAGGAUUCGCGCCCAACGAUGUCAUCUACCCCAACGGCAUCUCGAUGACCAUUCCCGAAGACGCCCAGUACGCCAUGCUGCGAAAGAUCCACGGGCUCGAGAACGUGACCAUGCUUCAACCAGGCUAUGGAGUCGAGUACGACUACAUCGAUCCGCGCAACCUCCGGCCGACCCUGGAGACGAAACUCAUCAGCGGUCUCUACCUCGCUGGCCAGAUCAACGGCACCACGGGUUACGAAGAAGCCACAGGACAGGGUAUCAUCGCCGGUACCAACGCCGGAUUGUCCGCACAAGGCCGGGAACCUCUCACACUGCGUCGGUCGGACGCGUUCAUCGGCAUCAUGAUCGACGACCUCAUCACCAAGGGCGUCUCAGAGCCCUACCGCAUGUUCACGACCCGCAGCGAAUACCGCAUCACCACCCGCUCCGACAACGCCGACCUCCGCCUCACCCGCAUGGCCCGCGAAGCCGGCAUCGUCUCCGACAAGCGCUGGCGCCACUUCACCGAGACAGAGGCGCAAAUCAACGAGCUCCAGACUCUUCUCGAGAACACCAAGAUGUCAUCCUACGCCUGGGUCCGCAAGGGCUUCAAAGCCCGCGUCGACCCCUCCCAGCGCUCCGCCCUGGACCUCCUCUGCCUUCGCGAAAGCGACAUCGACUCCCUCAUCCCCCACAUCGAUUCCCCCACCGGCACCGUAUACUCCGCAUCCUCCUUCGCCCCUGAGAUCCGCAACCGCGUCGCCAUCGAAGGCCGCUACGCCCCCUUCGUCAUCCGCCAAGAGAACGCCGCCCAGAAGUCCCUCCGCGACGAAAACCUCUCCAUUCCGCCCACCCUCGACUACUCCACCGUCCAGGGCAUCAGCAUCGAAGAAAAACAAGCCCUGGAGCGCGUCCGCCCCGUCAGCAUCGGCAUGGCAAGACGCAUCGAGGGCGUCACCCCAGCCGGUGUCCUCAGGGUUCUUAUGCACGUGCACAAGACAAGCAGGGACAGAGACCCAGCUCCUCCUGCAUCGGAGGGACUGGAAGAAACGCCCGAGGAUAUUAUCAGUCAGGCGCCUUGAGUUCACAUGGUUCCGGUUGUUGAUUAUUAACGGUGAUGUACGACUACUAUUGCAUAUCAGAGCGGCGGGCGAAUCGGUGUCAUUUCAGUGGUUCUGGAGGGGAUUUGUAUAACAUAUUCUUUCAUAUAUUGUAUUAUACUUUUUUGGUUAGGUUUCGGAUGAAUAUAUUGGGUCUGGG